AUGUUCAGCUCAGACCGCCUCACGGUGCCCGAAUACGUCAGCCGGCUCCAGCGAGGGAGGAGCGGCUCCGGGGGGGCCGAGCCGCAGCCGAGGACGCCGUCCCCGGGGAUCCACGCCGACGUGCAGGCGGCUCUGGACGGCUCUCUCCCCGCGCUGCGCUCCGCCAUCCGGCGGCUCGCACGCGCCAAGGAGACGUCCGAUUCCGACGAGACGCGCGGGGCUAUCGCGGAGAUCUUCCAGCUGGUGGAGGAGGCCUGGGUGCUGCCCGCCGUGGGCCGUCAGGUGGCCGAGGUGAUCUGCAACAGGAUCCGGCUGGAUGGAGGCCUCGAGCUCCUGCUGCAGCUCCAGCAGACGCCCGCUGUGGAGAUCACCUACGAGUCUGCUAAACUGCUGGAGCAGAUACUGGUCUCGGACAACAGAGAUUACGUAGCUCGUCUGGGGCUGGGGGUGAUCCUCAACCUGACUCGGCAACAGGAAGAUGCCCAGCUGGCUCGCAGCGUGUCGGGGAUCCUGGAGCACAUGUUCAAACACACCGAGGAGACGUCGGUGCACCUGAUCACCAACGGCGCUCUGGAUGCUCUGCUGUACUGGUGCAGGGGCACCGACCCCACCGUGCUGCGUCACUGCGCCGUGGCCUUGGCCAACUGCGCCAUGUACGGGGGCCACCGCUGCCAGAGGUGGAUGAUCGAGAAGCAGGCCGCCGAGUGGCUCUUUCCUCUGGCCUUCUCCAAGGAGGAUGAACUCAUCCGCUUCCACGCGUGCCUGGCCGUCACCGUCUUGGCAGCCAACCGAGAAAUCGAGAAGGAGGUGGUGAAAUCCGGCACGCUGGACCUGGUGGAGCCGUUCAUCGCGUCUCUGGAUCCGGACGAUUUUGCGCGGAGUUUGUCGGACAGCGCCGACUGCAUGCAGGGGAAGACGGCCUCCGACCUCCAGCACCUCCUGCCGCUGCUGGAUGGGACGAGAGUGGAGGGCAAGUGCAUCGCCGCCUUCUACCUUUGCGUCGAGACCAGCAUCAAGUCCCGUCAACGCAACACCAAGAUUUUCCAAGAGAUUGGAGCGGUGCAGAGCCUGAAAAGAAUCGUCAUGUACUCCAGCAAUGGCACGGCCUGCUCCCUGGCCAAGCGGACGCUGAGAAUGAUGGGAGAGGAAGUGCCCAAACGCAUUCUGUCCAGCGUGCCCAACUGGAAGGCGUGCGAGGUGCAGACCUGGCUGCAGCAGGUCGGCUUUAGCGCCUUCUGCGACCGCUUCCAGGAGCUCCAGGUGGACGGAGAUCUUCUACUGAACAUCACAGAGCAGGACCUGAGCACAGAUCUGGGCAUGACUGCUGGCCUCUGCCGUAAGAGGUUCCUAAGAGACCUACGCGUGCUAAAAACGUAUGCCAACUACGCCACGUGCGACCCGCACAAUAUGGCUGACUGGCUGACGGAGGCGGACCCUCGUUUCCGCCAGUACACGUACGGCCUCGUCCAGUCUGGAGUGGACCGCAAUAACGUUCAACACCUGACGGAUCAGCAGCUCCUGCACGACUGCCACAUACUCAACGGGGUCCACCGGGCCAAGAUCCUGGGGGCCAGUCGGAAGCCGCUGAGACCCUGCAACACGGAUUCCCAGCCUUCAGGACCGGACGUGUUCAUCAGCUACCGCCGGACCACUGGAUCACAACUGGCGAGCCUCCUCAAGGUGCACCUGCAGGUUCGAGGAUUCAGCGUCUUCAUCGACGUGGAGAAGCUAGAGGCCGGAAAAUUCGAGGACAAACUGAUCCAGAGCGUCCAGCGGGCUCGGAACUUCAUCUUGGUCCUGUCUACCAACGCCCUGGACAAGUGCAUGGGGGACACGGCGAUGAAAGAUUGGGUUCAUAAGGAAAUAGUCACAGCCUUGGCUGGCAAGAAGAACAUUGUCCCAGUCACGGAUAACUUCGCAUGGCCCGAUCCGAUGUCUAUGCCAGAGGAUAUGAGAUCGAUUCUCAAAUUCAACGGCAUCAAGUGGUCGCAUGAAUAUCAGGAGGCGUCAAUCGAGAAGAUCCUCCGUUUUCUCAAGGGAAACGAAGACCUCCUGGAUAGCUCCAAGGAGCAGAAGAAGAAAUGAACACAUCUAGGCGAGAAUAACUCUUAACUGAUUCCAAA